AUGCUGACGUUCAUGCGAACGACAAUCGGGCUAUCCCUGUUCUUGGCCAGCGGCGCAGCCGCGAUCUCAACGACUGGACGUACGGCGACGCUCAAUGGAAUACAGUACUACAUUCCAUCAGAGGCUACUGGACACAUUGACAUAUCGUCGACGGCGCUCACAGUCGGAGAUGGCUUACUGCCUCUGACUGUCGCCAGCACGAAUGCGUCUUCUUUCGAAGUCAACGAGCUCGAAGCCCUGAUCGAAAAGUAUGCUGAGGACGAUGUAUGGCAAGAGGUGUUUCUAGAAGCACUUUAUGUUCAAAGCUCGAAGUCACGAAUCUACAACACGACUCUGGAAUCGGGUGUGAACCAGACCACAGCCGUAGUCGCGAGUAACAGCAAUGCGAUACUGCCAAAUGGACCAUACUUUGUCACCGCUUCUGGCUCACUCUAUCAAGCCUACCGCCUGUACCCAGAUACCCAAGGCGCAUUCGUCUCAGCGUGCAUUGGCUCCGGUGACGGAUAUCAUAAUCUUCCAGCCGGACAGUUCGACUCGUCGCUUGCAGUCGCAGUUCCCUCGCGCUUAUCAUACACCAGAACAUCAGGGAAACCACUCGCCGGAGUCCGGAUAGGAAUCAAAGAUAUCUACGACAUCAAAGGUCUCAGAACAUCCAACGGCAACCGCGCCUGGCAACAGUUCUAUCCUGUUGCAAACGAGACUGCAAUCGCAGUCCAGAAUCUGGUCGAUGCUGGGGCUAUUGUAGUUGGCAAGAGGAAGACCAACAGAUAUCAAGAUCCAUCUUCAUCUUCCGCUGGACCUGCAGCUGGAGAGGCGUCAUAUGACUGGCUUGACAUCACCCUGGGAUCUGAAAAUGGAGGCAGCAUUCGCAGUCCAGUACAGUACAACGGUAUCUUCGGCAACAGGCCGAGCCAUGGUCUCGUCUCACUGGACAAUGUCAUGCCUCUCUCUCCGUCAUUCGAUACAGCAGGCCUGUUUGCACGAGAUCCAUCGCUCUGGAGGACAGCCCUGCACGCCUUAUAUCGCUCGAACAUAACUUCCACGCCAUCGUUCCCCUCGCAGAUCCUGACCAUCGGCUUCCCCGCUGCAAUCCAGUCCAAUCUGGACGCCACAUACUUCGACUUCCUGCACAACCACACAACCUUCCUCUCCGCCAACACCACCACUUUCAACCUCACCACCUCCUGGGCCUCAACAGACCCCUCUGGUCCGUCCUUCAAUGUCUACAUCAACAACACCUACGAUCAGAUCACCGCGAAAGACCAAGCCACACUGGUCCGCAAUCCGUUUUAUGCCGACUACGCCGCUGCUCACGAGGGCCGUGUACCAUUCGUCAACCCCAGUCCUCUCGACCGCUGGGCUGUGGGCGAUAACACCACCGAAACUGCGUACCGCGAAGCGCUGGUAAAUAAGGAGACCUUCGCCGCCUGGCUCGACGAGGAAGUGCUACCAGCAGACGAAGCGUCCUGUUCAAAGUACCUGAUGGUCUACAUUCCUCGGAUCCCGGCGCCGAAGUAUCGCAACGCAUACUUGAAAGGUGUGACGCCACCGUCUGCGUUUAGUACGAGUAGGAUCAGUCCGAUGGGUGGUGUGCCGGAUUGUGUUGUGCCGAUCGGGGAGGUGGAGUACUGGUCGGACAUCACCAGGCGUACUGAGUAUUUGCCGGUAUCUGUUGAUUUCAUGGCGAGGAGAGGGUGUGAUGGACUGAUUGUGGAUUUGGUUGAGGCGUUGUAUCAGAGGGGGAUUGUGAGGGAGGUGAAGACGGGGCGGAGUUUGGUCGCUGGUGGGGAGACACUGGUGUGA